AUGAUGAAAAUUUCAUUGUUAAUUACAUUAUUAUUAUCGCUGUCAACUGUUUGCACAAUAUUGGACACUUCACAAGUCAUAUUUUGGUUGACCAGUAAAUUGGAAAAUAUCGAAUGGCGAAGAGGUUGCUUAACAACAGCUGGUUGUGCACAACCACGAUUUCAACUAUCACUUUUAAAUGCUAUCACCAAUGAAAAAUUAUCAAAAAGUUGGCUUAUUACACCAAAACUUAUGCAGGAAAGGCAACGUAUAUAUGUAACACAUUGGAGUGACGGUAAUCCGAGUGAUAUUCAAAUUUCAUGUGAAGUUAUAGGUGUGGAUCCAACAUAUGGAUUUCCAAGAAUCUGCGAUUCAUCCACUUCAGUUAACAUUUAUCAAGAUGAAGAGAAAAAGUUGCAAAAAAGAUCUGAUACAGUAUCAGCGGAUGUUGAUGGUAAAAUUAUCAUCAAAUUAGCAGCUCGAUGUUUUAACAGUACGAUAAUUAUUGAAAAACAUGAAGAACGUUGUCCGUGGUGUAUUGAAUAUAGUGAUGAUACGGUAAUCAAUCAACAGUAUCCGGAAGAUUUAAAAUCUGGUUUUGUGCAAUUUAUUGGAAAUGAAAGCCAUUUGAAUAUUUUAUUGGCAGCAUUUGCAUUGACAACAGCGCUAAGUAGUGCACUUUGCGCAUUCAUCCUCUAUCUUUAUGUUCGACAGAAGAAAAGUAGAGAUUUAUCAGCCAGAAAAUGUCAACCAUACGGUGCAUCGAGUAUAAUGCAUAUUGAUUCAUCUAAUUGUUCAGCUCAAAGUACCAGAUAUGAUAUCCCGUGGGAUCGCAAAUAUCGCCCGUUACCGCGAUGGACAAGCUCCAGAAGUAAUUCUAGUGGUGCAUCACCGCCAGACACAUCUUCCACAUUUACCACAUCAUCGCAACAUUCAAAACCAACAAAAGUUAUCGUUGGAAGUACAUUGCAUCAAAUAGAUUCGCCAAAUUCGUUUAUUUACGAAAGGCCUGAAGAAAGUAGUUUGGAAUGUGUAUAA